AUGGAGAGACCAUGGGCGGACGGAGCUGCGCCUGACCAGGCUCCCCUCUUCUCGGAGGAGGGCGAUGUAUCGAGGCCAGCGGGCGACGUCGCGGACGCGGGCGAAUUCAUAGCCAUCGGUGCAAAUGUCGAAACACCAGAUCCUCCUGCUCCCGCCCCCCCAGCACGGCCUCACCUCCAGCGCAAUGCGAUGCAAGCUGCUCCCCCGGCGCCCUCGCCGGCACCGGAUCCGCCGCAGUCGACAGCCGUAGAAGCGGCGCCCACGGACUCGCUGUCCCUCCUCCAGCUGCGCCGGAUUGUCGCUGAAGUCAACCGCAUUGAACAGCCCGCCUACGAUUUUGAAUACUCAGACAUGGGGCCUCACGCGGAGGAGCUUGAUGAAUGGUUCAACUACCAGUUCUGGCAAUGGUUGAGGCUGAACUCGGCGCGGCGGGCCUUUGAUUGGCACUGGAAGAACGAGAACAACGCCUCCUUCAAGACGUGGGGUGAUGCCGACAAUGAUACCAGGGCGCGCUUCGUGCAGUCAGCUAUUGCGGGUGUCCAGUCCAACGAUGCAGCUCUGCGGUCGGCGUCGAUUGGGAAGCUACUCUACCUAGUGCUUGGCCGCUGGGGUGAUACGGCCAUGUCAAAUGCGACCAGUGGUGACAGCCAGUCUGUGGCUAGCAUCUCUCAGUUACGGGCUAUCAAGGCGGGUGUUGAGUGUCUUACCUCCCUUGAAGGCUUACCGGUCAUUUGGGAAGCGCUGAAGAAUAGCUUCGAGCUGCAUUGGUCUGGCGAUGCCCAUCAGGGAAACAGCCCGCAGGAGGCACAGGAUGAGCUGGUGAAUCUCAUGACUAUCUUGUAUGUUUGCAUUCAAGAGACUCUCAACGAUCCAGAGGACAUGUCAUCUGCCUAUAACAAGCUACUUGAUUUGAACCCUUCACUGGUUGACUUUAUGAUGACGGCUACAUCCAAGCUUCGAUGGGAUGACCAUAACAUUAUGCCCCAUAUGCAGAUCUUCCUACUCUUCUGGAAAUCUAUCCUGCUGGUUUUUGGAGGCAGCAAAGAAAUGCAGGCCGUCAAGAAGGCCACAAGCGAGCAAGUCGGCGGGCCGGCCAAAGAGACCAUUACAGCAUCUCCCUUAGACUACCAUGUCUUUCGACAAGAGGUCACAUCUAAAUAUCCGGCUUACAUACCCCCACAGCCAAAGAUCCCAUUAGAGGCAGAGAAUACCUCUCUCCUACCCCCUUUACCGAACCAUACCACACGAACCAGCGCGGCAAAUGGCAUUACACCGUUCAAUACUAACGCCCAAAAUGUGGGAAGCUCAAUCCUAAAUCAACCUGUUCACAUUGCCACACCAGCCCCAUCGCCGCCCCCUUCGCCGGGAGUAGGCAAGGGAGGCAAGAAGCAGAACUACCAAACAAACCAGAAUUUCCCGUUCAUGUACCCUCCACUAGAUGCCACUAGCAACAGUGCCGGCGGAAAGGGCAUGUCAGAUCUUCACGAAGCACUUGUUAGUCGCAAGUGGGAGGGGAGUGAUAUUCCUGCCUCAAUCUUAGAAGCUGGAGAACUCUUCUCGAGUCGAGUAAGGAUGACUCGUGCCACCAGACAGUUGUGGGAGGAGCGCGAAAAGUUCCUCAAAUAUGAGCGCGGUUGGGGCGAAGAUGAGGACGAGGAUGAAAUCGACGACCUCGAUCUCAAUGAACUCUCACUAGAGGAGCGCGAGAUCAUACAAGAGUUGAGAGCGGAGGAGAUGAAGGAGAAGAGACCACCCUCGUCAGCAGAUUUCGCACCAGAUUUCGGGCCUCGCCCUGAGCAGCUGAGUCCGAGAGACAGGCAGCGAUUAGAGGCUGUAGAGAAGUUCUACCGAGACGCUCUUCCUCACCUCCAGUCACUAGUUAUUGUGCUGCUGCGCCCAAUUCUAGCAAAUGUCACGGCGAUUGUGUCACAACAACCAAACCAGCAACAGCCUGGCCAAAUGGGCAGAGGUAUGAACCCAGCAGUUAAUGGCGGGCAGAUUCCUCGGCCUCAAGAUGGCUCUCAGCAAGACAUGUCAGACACAUCGGGGGAAGAUAUCGACGCUGCACGCUCGAGGGAAAUCACAUCCAAGGCAAUGACCGCCAUUCUUUUGCUUUUGUUGAAAUGGCUUAGACUCUCACACGUGCUGAAGUUCGAAUAUCUGACCCAGCUCUUGCUCGAUUCCAAUUACAUUCCUUUAGUUCUGAAGCUAUUCGCCCAUCAGGAUAUUCAACAAGUCGUCGACAGCAAGACUGACCGAGUGGAAAAUAGUUUCUUCCACUUCUGUAACCAUCGUUCAAAAUCAAAGGAGAGCGGCGAUGUUGACGGUCUCCCCGACGAUGAGGUUGAUCUUGACGAUGAGGAAAUCGAAGAAGGAAGCGAGGACGAAGCUGUGCCACCCCCAAUCAAGAGGCGACCAAAUGAUGGCGAGGAACCAAAGGAGGAGGAUCAGGGCAUGGUCAGGCCAGAGGUCGAUGAGCUCGGAUACCCGGUCACCAACCUGCCAGAGGAGCCCAUCACGGACUUUUCCCGCCGCAACUUCUUCUCCCUCAUCAACUACCUGCGCGUCAUGCAGAAGAUUUGCAAGAACAAGUCGCACAGGAACCUCCUCCUCGUCCAGUACAAGUCGUCCACCAUCAUUCGUAAGUCUUUGAAGGUGCCGCAGCCUGAUCUUCGCCUCUACACGCUCAAGCUCUUCAAAGGGCAGGUCCCCUACUGCGGACGCAAAUGGCGGCAGGGGAACAUGCGGGUCAUCACCGCGGUCUACCUCCACUGCCGUCCCGAGCUGAGAGACGAGUGGCUCGCCGGGAGCGACAUCGAUUCGGACGUCGACUCGGCCCUGCCCCUUGAGCAGGCCUUGCGAGGGUUGACGCACUGGCACAACCUGCGACGCUACCCGGACAAGAUUGCCCCCGAGAUACGAUCAGUGAUGAGGGAAGAGCAUGAUUUCUUCACGAGGGAAUUGGAAAAACUGGAUUUCAACUGGGCUGAUGUGCAGGCGGAUGACGGGAUGAGCGAGCUGGAUCAUGUGGAGGGCUGGGCAUAA